AUGCAAGAUUUUUUCACGCGAGUUCAAAUAAGCCGAUGCAAUCAGCAUACAGUGAUAGAGACACUUCGGCGCUUCAUGUCUGUUAAUGGUUGCAGAAGAUUUCAAGCUUCUAACGAACUACCAAUCUUCUCAUUGAAAGAGGGAAGAAGUCAACGAAUGAGUGAUUUCGCCCACCAUGCCCAAUUGUUGGAAGAAUGGUUAAAAGGAGCAGAAGAAAGUUUGAAAUCUUUUCUUAAUAGAAAUGUUCUUGUGGUCACAUUGAUUGGCAAGGAUGCUACAGACCGUUCUAAAGCCGAAGAUCUCAACGAUUUUCUCAAAUGCCGUGUCUUUCCUCCUUGGAACGACGGAAAUAGAUGUUUGAAUAUCGAAGCUUACUUUUGUCCUACCAACAACUGUGUUUUCUUCCUCAUAAAUGGUCCAUCUGAUUUGCAAUGUUUGGAAAGCAUGUUCCUGAAAGAGGAAAAGGAUUUCUUCUCUCAAAUUAAUAAAUGUGAUAAUGACUACUUCACACUUUUACAUUUCGCCUUCGUUGUUUCUCAUAUCGUUUGCUUCUGUGAGCCAGCACCAAGGUUGGAUAUGUCUUUGGUCAAACAUAUUAAGAGCUCUAAUAACAUCAGGCUGAGUGCAAGAGGGCAUAUCAUAAAGCACUUGGACAGUACAUUCGGAGAAGGUACUAAGUUAUCGAAAGCCAUCGAAUAUUGGAAUGAAGAAGGUAGACUGUUGAGUCCCAGACUCAUAUUCGGCUUCCAUCGAAACGUUAUCCGUGUGGAGCUAGGGAACCAAAAGAAGAGAGAGAUUUAUGAAAAGUUAGAGAACAGUUUAGAAGAGCAGAUCUUUCAUGUAUUCCGCUAUUAUAAGAUGAUAAACUCAGGAAAAAGUUCUUCGAUCGGAUAUCUUCCGAAUGGUCAAUAUGCUCACUUAUUCCUUCCCGGAGUCGUUAGUAGCAACCCUCUUUCCGACUUGCUCGAUCUAACCUUAGGAGAGAAAGUGGAAGACGUAGAAAACAGGAAAACGUCUUCCAAAUCGUUCAGUAAGUUCUUAAAACAGAAUAUGGACGAUGUUCGAGGUGUUUUGAACGAUGGAGGUCUUUUCAUAACUCUGAAAGACUUCAUCCGUGGCGCUCAAGCUGUUGAUCAAGUUAUCCAGAAAGGGAAGUUCAGUGAUUUAGCGACCAAGAAGACAGAAAAUUUCCUAGAACAGUUAACCACCAAACACAUCGGAGAUGCUGUCAACCAUUAUCUCAAAUCUGUGAAAGAGCGGAAUAUUGUUUCCAAAGCUGAACAUGACCAAGGGUUCACCGACGCAGUUGCUUAUCUGGAUAGUGUUUUGAUUGGUUGUAGGGAGAAGGCUAUGACUCGUUUAAGAGAUGGUUGUAAUUUCCAUUGGGAGGGAUGUGGAAGGCAAAGAUGUGAGCAACAAUCCCUCACUGGGCAUAAUUGUAAUAUGGCGAUUCAUUCUUAUGUUGGAGACGCUUCUGUUGAUGAAAACAAGUGGGAAUUGCAUAAUAGUGGCAUCACGUUCAUUUCAACGUGUUCGUGCGGAAGUACACAAGGACUGCGCAAAGACCCAUUCACUCUUAAGGAAGCGAACUACGACUUCUAUAAUGAUAACCCUUUGUUUACCUGCUGCCAAGGACUCGAUAGACAUGUAUUUUUGACUUUAAAAAACGAGGAUUUGGGAGAGAAGGAGAACUGGCAAGGAGAAGAAGAUUGGCCUCGUCCAGGAGCAGAUUCGAACUCUUUGCUCACUGAAGAUCAAGUAGCUAGAAAAUCUAAACUAUUGGCCGGAAGUGGUGAGAGUGUUGAUAGUGCCGAGGAAUGUUCUGUUGAAAGCGAUUCUGAAUCAGAGGAAGAGGAGUCACGUCAAUCAAGUGUAGAAGAAUCUGAGGACGAAUCGGAUGUUCUUGAUGACGUUUUCCCUGAAAUUGACAAAGGAAAUCAAACGGACGUCAGGUUGAAGAAAGCAAUCGAGUUCCAUAGGCAUCUAGCAAAACUGGAUUUGAGAAAACUUCCUCUUUUCCCUUCUUGGACUCUGACUUGUGUUGGACCAAGUAGUAUUUACAGCCAUUCUAUCGGAUUGCGUGAUCAACCCAACUUCAAAAUUUCGGGCGAAUUUCUCCUUCCGGUUGAUAUUCAAUUACAUGUGAAUCCAAUUCAUUGGGAACAGGAUAUGCAAUGCUUAUUGGCCAUAGAAGGCUCUUCGAUUUACUCUCGCCAUAGGAAGUCUCGACGAGGAAAUGAUACUGAGAAGAUAAAAUUAUUUGUCGGCUUUGAUUAUGAAUGUCCCAGAGGUCAUCGGUUCUUCGUUGAUCAUGAUGGUGAACCUUUAGUAUUACCCAGAGGCAGAUCUGCUCGUGAAUCAAGUCUGAAAGAAGCGGGGUUGGAUAUCUUAACAAAAGACUUACCUUUACGAAGGCAAUGUACUUGUCGAAAACUGCCUUUCCAAGUCGCUCAGUUGACUAAGGUUCACAUUGUGACGCCGAAAGCUCCAGUGACUGUUUCUCUGGAUCCCAGCAUAAUAUUACCAGAUAACGCAGGAAAAUUUAACACCGGCGAAUGUUCUCUCAAACUGGCUUGGGCGAAAUAUUAUAUUCUCCAAUUGCCCUUUGUCUAUAGUGGACCGUCAGGAGUUUGGAUUCCACCGAACACGAACAAAAAAGUUGGAAUUUAUCAGAAACAAUCUAUUAAUGUCUCCUAUAAUCAUUUGGAUAAUAGAUAA